AUGGUUACAAAGGUUGGCAUCAACGGCUUUGGUCGUAUCGGUCGUCUGGUGUUCCGUAAUGCCGUUGAGCAUGGUCAGGUCAAUGUGGUGGCUGUCAACGACCCAUUCAUCGACCCCAAAUACGCCGCCUACAUGCUGAAAUACGAUUCACAACAUGGCCAAUUCAAGGGCAGCAUUGAAGUCAAGGGAGAAAAACUCGUCGUCAAUGGUCAAGAGGUCGCAUUCUAUAUGAAGAAAGAUCCAGCCGAGAUCCCCUGGAGCGAUACUGGGGCAUACUACAUUGUCGAGUGUACCGGUGUCUUUACCACCAAAGACAAGGCUGCAGCUCACCUGAAGGGUGGUGCUAAAAAGGUCGUUAUCUCUGCUCCCUCAGCCGAUGCUUCCAUGUUCGUUAUGGGUGUUAACGAAAAGAGUUACAAAUCGGACAUCGAGGUCAUCUCCAAUGCUUCAUGCACCACGAAUUGUCUCGCACCUCUUGCCAAGAUCAUCCACGACAAGUUUGGCAUCAAGGAGGGCUUGAUGACCACGAUUCAUUCCUACACAGCAACACAGAAGACUGUCGAUGGACCUUCGGCUAAGGAUUGGCGUGGUGGUCGUACUGCUGCCCAGAACAUCAUUCCCAGCAGCACUGGUGCAGCAAAGGCCGUCGGAAAGGUUAUCCCUGAGCUGAAUGGCAAGCUUACCGGCAUGUCCAUGCGUGUCCCAACCUCCAACGUCUCCGUUGUCGACUUGACUUGUGUCACCGAGAAACCUUGCAGCUAUGAUGAAAUUAAAGCGGCCGUCAAAGAGGCUGCUGAAGGUCCAAUGAAAGGUAUCAUGGCCUAUUCCGAGGAUGAGCUGGUUUCCAGCGAUCUGAAUGGUGACGACCAUUCUGCCAUCUUCGAUGCCAAGGCCGGUAUUGCUCUGAAUGACCAUUUCAUCAAGCUGGUUGCCUGGUACGAUAAUGAAUGGGGCUACUCUCGUCGUGUUUUAGAUCUCCUUGCAUAUAUUGCCAAGGUUGAUGGCAAUGCCUAG